AUGGUCCCCAAAAGACCAAGAAGGCGGACGAAACGCAGCUUGUUCUCGUUAUUGCUGGGCUUGGGGUUUCUGUGGGUGGUCCUUCAACUAGGGAUCUUUCGUCAAGCGACGGUACGGUUCCAACUUAGUCAACUGUAUCGACAUCUUCUAGAUCACGAUACCACAGGAGACUAUGAUAGAGAUGAUAUUCUGGAAAGAAAAGCAUCAUGGCGUCCACAACCGAUCAAAUUUACAACCAACGAGACCCUUAGCGACUACUGCCAGACCAAUGGAUCGCUGCACGAGAUUGCCCUGCAAAUGGCCCAUUUCUCUGGUUCCGAGCCGUACCAAAAGACGCUUCGAAUUCUACAAGCAUCUCCCUAUUACUUUGUAUAUCUACAUGAUCGUGGUAUCUUCGACAAUGUGGCAGAAAACAUGAAUGCCAUGUUGAGUGGCUGGGGAUUGAAACCCUGGCCUUUGGACGCGACCAAGACGUUCCUCUUGGUGGAAAUUUCCUUUUUUGCACGCAAUUCUGGCUUCGACUACAUUUGUCGUACCACUGUCAAUUGCUCCUCUCCUACAGUGCCUCGCAUCAUUAUUCAGUCGGAGCAGUUGGCUCAAGUUGGAAAUGACUAUCUUCCCUAUCUCAAACAAUGUCAUGAGCUGCCCCUUUGCGUCAUUUGGGACUUUUCAGACUAUCAUUGGCAAUGGCACCAACAACACAACCUAUCCGAUUCAGUCUUGAUCUUGCCCGUCAUGCAUCAGUCCUUGUUGGGACGAUAUUAUGACCAUGCCCAACAAAUGAUACCGUUGGCGAACCGUCCACUAGAUGUCGUCUUUUUUGGUGCCAUGAAUCCGGACCGACGUGCCGCACUCUUGCGACAAUUCCAACAAGCACCACAACAACUUGGAACCGCUCCCAAUCGUUGGAAGUUCGAGUACAAUAUGAAUCGCUCGAUUAUCAAGGAAUCGUACACUCAUGCCAAGGUCUGUCUCAUUGUACAUUCCUAUGCAAAUCAGAGUGCGGGCGAAUACCAUCGACUGCAAGAGUUGGCCGGAAGUGGGUGCAUUCCCAUUGUGGAACAAUUCACCGAUACCGUUGGCAUGCGGGCAUAUCAGGAGUGUGGAGGGGUCGUUUUUGCACCCAACUACGAGGCAAUCCCAACGACUCUUCGUCAUGAGCUACUUCAUCGCAAUACGCACCAUGAUGAGCCCUCGGCACGACAACAGCAGGAGAGACGCGUACUCUGGUGGAGCCAAACGAUUCGAUGGGAACAAUUGUUGGAAGAUAUGUACCAUCAUCAUCAUGGGUGA